AUUUGUAAUUUUGGGGUAAGGCACGUGGUGAGAAAAAGCAUUGGAGAAAUUCGGAGGCUUUCUUUCUGUUUGUUUCUCUUUCUGGUUAGAGAGAUGAGUGCCCUGGGGUCUCUGGGGGAAGGGAAGUUAAAUCUUCAUGUCCUGUCUCCUGUCAACUCUAGCCCUCAUGCCAGUAUGGCAGAAGAUGAACCUGAUGCUAAGAGCCCAAAGACUACAGGAAGGGCCCCCUCAGGUAGUGCUGAGGCAGGAGAACCUACCACCCUUCUUCAGAGGCUGCGGGGUACCAUUUCCAUUCAGACACAGAAUGGGGAAAAAUUUUGUGUCUGACCUUCAGCUUUCUCCUCUUCUCCACAGUAAAGCCGUGCAGAACAAAGUAGAGGGAAUCUUGCAAGAUGUACAGAAAUUCUCAGACAACGACAAGCUGUAUCUCUACCUUCAGCUCCCCUCAGGGCCCAGUACUGGAGACAAAAGCUCAGAGCCAAGUACACUUAGCAAUGAGGAGUACAUGUAUGCCUAUAGGUGGAUCCGCAACCACCUAGAAGAGCAUACUGACACCUGUCUGCCAAAGCAAAGUGUUUAUGAUGCCUAUCGGAAGUAUUGUGAGAGCCUCGCUUGUUGCCGCCCACUCAGCACAGCCAACUUUGGCAAAAUCAUCAGAGAGAUCUUCCCUGACAUCAAGGCCCGAAGGCUUGGUGGCCGGGGGCAGUCCAAAUAUUGCUACAGUGGCAUACGAAGAAAGACCUUGGUAUCUAUGCCACCCUUGCCUGGCCUUGACUUAAAGGGCUCUGAGAGUCCAGAAAUGGGCUCAGAAGUAACCCCAGCACCUCGGGAUGAACUGGUUGAGGCAGCCUGUGCCCUGACCUGUGACUGGGCUGAGCGAAUCCUGAAACGGUCCUUCAGUUCCAUUGUUGAGGUCGCCCGCUUCCUGCUGCAGCAUCAUCUCAUCUCAGCCCGAUCUGCACAUGCCCAUGUGCUCAAAGCCAUGGGACUUGCUGAAGAGGAUGAACAUGCCCCUCGGGAGCGAUCAUCUAAAUCUAAGAAUGAUGUAGAGAAUCUAGAGGGUGGAGCCCAUAAGAAACCAGAGAGACCAACCCAGCCUCCUCAGGAACUGGAAUCCCGAGCUGGGUCUGGUCCUCCAGCACGGAGCGAGCGGAAGAAGAGCAUAGUAGAGAGUCCAACCCCAGCAGCCAAUAACCCGCAGGUUAAUGCCCUGAUGGCCCGCCUGCCUCUUCUCCUCCCCCGGGCCCCUCGCUCCCUUAUUCCGCAAAUCGUCUCUCCAACCAUGGUGGCCCCCAAGCUUCCUUCAGGCACUCUGAAGUUGACUCCACUGCCUGUGUCCAAUAGGAUUAGGGGGUCCCAGGCAGCUGUGCCCAUCAUUAAUAUGAUCUUACCAACUGUCCCUGCUUUGCCUGGACCUGGGCAGGCUCCACCUGGGGGGCUCACUCAGCCACAGAGCACAGAAAGUAGGGAGGUAGGCAUAGGUGGGGACCCAGGACCUCAUGACAAGGCUGUCAAGAGGACAGCUGAAGUACCUAUGAGUGAGGCCAAUGGGCAGGACCCACCAGCUAAAGCAGCAAAGCAGGAUAUAGAGGGUACAGGGAGUGAUGCCAAAAGAAAACGGGGGCGCCCUCGAAAAAAAUCAGGUGGAGGAAGUAGGGAAAGAAAUUCUACCCCUGACAAGUCAGCAGCUGCCAUGGACUCUGCCCAGUCCUCAAGGUUACCACGGGAGACAUGGGUCUCUGGAGGGGGAGACAAUUCAGCUGGAGGGUCAGAGAGGCCAGGGCCAGUGGGAGAGGCUGAGAAGGGGAUGGUGCUUGCCCAGGGUCAGGAAGGUGGUGCUGUUUCCAAAGGAGGAAGGGGCCCCAGUUCCCGCCAUGCCAAAGGAGAAAAAAUUCCUCUUGUCACCCCAAAAGUGAGUGUCAUCAGGGGCAGUAGAAGCCAAAAGGAUGCUCUUCAUUUGGAAAAGGGAAAGGUCGACACUGCAGCACAGGGUAAUAAAGAUUUAAAGGGGCAUACACUUCAAAGUUCCUCAUCCCAUGAGCAGAAAGAACCCAAAGCAAUACCCCCAUGAUAAGUAUGUGGAGAAGAGCACUUAUAUCCAGAUGUGAACUAACUUAUCUGCCUGCCUCAUAGAAGCCCUUCACCUCACUUGCUUUUCCUCUGGCUCUUGUUUGAAGGGAAUUCAUGCUCUUCUGUAUAGACAGCUGAGGCACUCUGUCUUAGACAGUGCCUGCUUCCUAUCCUUGACCUUUUCCGCUCAAUACCUUUGGUUUUAGAGUCACUAACCUGUAAUGACCUUACCUGAAUCCCUGUGCUAUAUCCUGUGGGAACACAGGAAUGGAGUGAUAUGAUGAACUUAUAGUUAGGGAUCUUUUGGUUCUAAGGUGUAGUAAACCUAACUCUAACUGACUUUAAAGUUUCCUGGCUCAUGUAAAGUCCAGAGGUAGUGCUGGCUCCAGGUAAAGCUGGUCCGGUGGCUCUGAAUGUCUCUAAAUACCCGAUUGACUUCCUCCAUGCCUCCCCACCCCUGCUCUUCCACCUUCUGUGGGAUCAUUGGAAUCCUGGGCUGCCUUGGGGCUGCCAGCACUCCUAGGACACAAUUACAAUGUUUCAUCAUUUACGUCCAUCCAGAAAUGGCAUCUUUGUUCCAGGAAUCCUAGCAAAAAACCUCUGAUUCACUGAUUAGGACAACUCGUGUCAUGUCCACCCCUAACCAAUCCCGGUGGCCAGGGAGAUGAUAUAUGCUGGUUUGCUUAUUCUACAUCAGGGAAUGCACCUGUGGAAUAAAGGGUGGGAUUAUCUUCCUCACUCCUUACAAACUGGGAGGGGGAAGUUCCUGGGGAGGCAUCUGACACCUGGCCACUACUAUGAAGUACUGUGGUUUUAGCUUGCUAGGUUGAGAUCAGCUGUACCUGCUUUUAUCCUCAUAGUUUUGCAUUUUUCUUACUGCAGCUGUCACUCUUCUUACUCUGGUCUCAGAAGGAAUGAGAGGGAAGUCAUUGUCCUUUAUGGACUAUCUCUUCAGUCUCAUUUAGAUGACAAUCUCCCCUCUCCCCUUUUUUCCACCUAUGGCUCAAAGAUGGAGCUCCUUCCUUUUCCUGUUUCUGAACUUCAGUUUCUCCUCAUUUCUGCUUCCCUAUCUCCCACCCUACUGCACUUUUACUGAAUAGUGAGAUUUACUUCUAGUCACUUAAUUAAAUUCAUUCUGUAUCCACCAGGUGUCAGUCUCUCACACGUCAGGACUAACCAGGCUUGUGGGGUUUAGGGCGGCUGUACGGAAGGAGGUGUCUGCAUAUCAGGGAGUAGUACCAGUGGAAGGGAAUCCAGACCCUCCAGGGGGAUCUUUGGGAAGACCAGUAAACCAACCAAUAUUUAUCAAGGACCUACUUCGUCUUCUAUGUAGGGUAGUUUCUGUCAGGGAAUCUUGGUUCUUCCCAAGAAAUACAGAUUUUCUUUCAGGGAGACUUCAUUUGUUCAUUUACUUCCACCACAGCAGAUUUUUAAAAAUUAUAUGUAAUGUUUGAUAUCUAUAAAGAAUAUAUUUAACAUGAAUAAAUUAUGAAGCAUAAUAAUUAAAUGACUACCUAUGACCCAUCACCCAACUUAUACAUUAAAACAUUAGAAGUAUCAUUGACUUCCUUGUGUUCCUCCCCCGCCCUGUACCCUACCUCUCCCUAGAUGCAACUACUGUCUUUAAUUUUGUGUUUAUUAGUUACCUACUAUAUAUAUAUAUAUAUCCUCAAAAAAUGUAUUGUUCAGUUUUGCUUUUAGCUUUAUGAAAAUUUUAUACUCAAAUAGUAAAGUACCCUGUAGUUUGCUUUUUUCACUUCACAUUUUUUCCAAGGUUCAUCCAUACUGUAGAUAGCUAUGAUUCAUUCAUUUUCAUCAAGUACAUAAACCAAAAGUUACUUACCCAUUCACCUAUCGAUGGACUUGGGCCUAUUUCCAGUUUUUUGCUAUUAUAAACAAUGCUGCUAUGAAUAUUCUUACACAGGUUAGUGCCUUUGUUUUUCGCAGGAUUUCUAAAAAGUUUUCUAAGAUGCUUCUUUAAGUCUCUAUACCAUGUGCAUUGGGGACUUUUUUCUCUGGAAGAGUUUACAUCAGAUUGAAAUGAACCACCCCUUGAAAAUUUGGUAAAACUCACCUGUUAAGCCAUUUGAGCCAUUUCUUUUUGGGAAAAAUGUUUACUACUGAUUCAUCAGUCUCUUUAAAAAUUAUAAGCCAUUUGUGCUUUCUAGUUCUUUAAAUCUUUUUAAAAUUUACUUACUGUAUUUUGCCAUGUAUAAUGUACACCUACAGUUUUGUGCGCAUUAUAUGUGGGAUCAUUCUUAUGGCAUGUAAUCAUUAUGCCCAUGUAUAAUGUGCAUUCUUAUGUUUUUUUCUCAAAAAUUUGGGCAAAAAGGUACACAAUAUGCACAGCAAAAUACGGUAUUUACUUUUUAGAGAGAGAAACAUCAGUGUGGUAGAGAUACAUCAAUAAGUUCCCUCUGGCGUGCCCCUUGGGGACCCAGCCCGAAACCCAGGCACAUGCCCUGACCUUGAAUGGAACCGGUGGCUUUUUGGUUCAUAGGCCAGCACUGAAUCCACUGAGCCACAGCAGCCAGGGCUCCAUUUCUUCUCGCAUCAAUUUAGGAAAAGUGUCUUUUUAGAAUUUUGUGCAUUUUAUGUCUUUUUUAAGAUGAAAUUUGUAUUUGUGCUUUGUGUAGUC